AUGAUCCUUGUCAGUGAGAUUGGUGAUGAGACAUUUAUAAUAGCAGCUCUGAUGGCAAUGCGUCACCCCAAAUCAAUCGUUUUAUCUGGUGCACUCAGCGCCUUGUUUGUUAUGACUAUACUCUCUACUGGGCUUGGUAGGAUAGUGCCAAAUUUGAUAUCAAGGAAGCAUACAAAUAGUGCAGCUACAGUUCUUUAUCUCUUUUUCGGGCUUCGGCUUCUCUAUAUUGCAUGGAGAUCAUCAGAUUCAAAGGCUUCCCAGAAAAAGGAAAUAGAGGAAGUGGAAGAAAAACUUGAAGCUGGACAGAGCAAAGCAGCAGUCAGGCGAUUCUUUUCUAGAUUGUUCACACCCAUAUUUUUGGAGUCCUUUAUCUUGACCUUUCUCGCAGAGUGGGGAGACCGCAGCCAGAUAGCAACAAUUGCUUUAGCUACACAUAAAAACGCAAUUGGAGUUGCUGUUGGGGCAACAAUAGGACACACUAUAUGUACUUCAGUGGCAGUGGUAGGUGGAAGCAUGCUUGCAUCGAAGAUCUCACAACGAACAGUAGCUACAGUCGGAGGGCUUCUUUUCCUCGGGUUUUCCUUGUCAUCGUAUUUCUAUCCACCUCUAUGAUUUUGACUUCAUAAAUCGACCUUAAUUCUUCUGGAAUGGCAUUGUUGAAUCCAAUUUUUCGGUUAUUUCAAUAGGCUUAAGAGGGAAAUGAAUUAUUUGUACUACAGCAAUUUUACCUUAUUUUUUUGUGUAAAUGCAAGAUUAUUUAGUAUGUUUUACAUGAAUCGGAAACAUUGCUGAAAAAGGGCAGUGGUCUAUGUUUACAUUGUUGUAGAAAGAAUUAUGAAAAAUUUGAGAUGACUUCCUGUCAAUUUA